AUGAUUCGACUUCUGGCCAUCUACGGUUGCUGCCUGCUUCUGGUGGCAGGAAACUCCUUGGAGGAGUCACAGGAGUCACAGCUUGUUGACUCCACAACCCCCUUAAUCGACAAUGGCUUUCCCAUUAGCUCUCAUGAGUUACCUGAGUUGGAGGUGCCCAGUGAUCUCGAUCAGGAAGUAAUGAAUGUCCACAAAAUCAAUUGGCUGCCUGUUUGGGAGGAGCAGGAUCAUUUGCGUGUUGCCAGGGAAGUGUCUGAUCAAACUGAGACAACGCAAGUUCCUUCUACUGAUACCACUUCAACCAAGGCUUCAGUGGAGGAGGUCUUAGUGUCCAAAGAUAACAAUCAGUGUCCCAAUAACGCUGAACGUGGUCUCACCAAUCUCAUUCGGGUGGCUCGUCCCCUCUUACCAGCUGCUCGUCUAAAGAACAUCCUUGCCAAUGCUGUCGAGGAUCCUCAGGUGCGGGGUUUGAUUAAGCUCCUAAGAAGUGAUCGUCUUAAGGAGGAAGUGCAGCGGUUGAGAGCCACCAAACAGCAUCAGGCCCUGCAGGAGUUCAUCUGUCGAGAGCUCAAGCUGGAUCCCGCCUACUAUGUGGAGUAUGUUAGGGUCUUCCUUGACAUUCACACUUUGGAACCGCCGACCAGUAAGUUGCCCAAUCGUCGGCAGGGAAUACGUGGUCUGCUUUUGGAUCUUCGUGAUGCUGUACCCCGUGCCACCUUGAGGGAUAUGUAUCUGAGACUUUACUCCUCCGAUACGGAAUUGGUGAAUGCUGUGCGCCUUAUUCGUAGCACCAAGUUCCGGCGGAUUCUGCGGGAUGUGCGAUCCCUGAAGGAGUAUCGUUCACUGACAGAUGAACUGGAAAAGGCAGGAGUUCCUUUGCGUCAGAUUCAGCAACUGGUGGCCAAUGCAUUGGGUUGGAGCACCAUUGACAUGGGUGCAGAGACUGUCAUUUUGAGUGUUUAA